AGCCGGCAUGGUGGGCAUGUAUCAACGUCGUCCUUUCACUGGCCCAUCGAUUCCGCGCGAUGCGCACUCUCCAGACAGCUUAUGAGAACACCCAAUCAUGCGGCUAUAUUCACAACGCCCUCGCAGUUGUCUCGGAGCUAAGCGUCCUACCCCAGAGCCUACCAGCCAUCCAAGCCCUGCUAGGCAUGGCCAUCAUCCUCCAGGGCUCGCCCAACCCACAGGCGUCCUCGGUGCUCACAGCCGCUGCAGUGAGGUUGGCACAAGCUAUGGGACUACACAGGAGGGCUCAAGGCAAGGAUCUCUCCGUAAGACAAGUAGAGCAGCGGAAACGCGUCUUUUGGGCUGCCUACCUUCUGGACAAGGACAUUAGCCUUCGCAUGGGUCAGCCUUUUGCACAAGACGACGACGACAUGGACGCAGAGCUACCCUCGGAGGAUCCUACUGAGUUACCGUUCAUCAACCUUGGAAAUAAUCUUAGAAGAAUCAGUUUUUUUAACUCUCGAAUCGGACUUGCGGUGAUCCAGGGGCAGGUGUACAAGAGGCUCUACUCCGUCCAAGCUACCAGACAAUCUGAGGCGCAGAAGAAUAUUGUGGCAAAUGAGCUGAGCUCUGUACUAUCCUUUUGGAGGAGCAGUGUACCGAUAGAUUUCGAAGAUGGCUUCGCGACGGCAUUUCAGGCUCCUCUUCCGGUCAUAUUCGUCCAUAUGCUUAUUUUGCGCUUCACAUACGUCAACUGCCUUGUCAUGAUCGAUCAACAUCGACCGCCACAGGCUCCCGGUCCGGAUCUCGCUUUAUAUGGAACUUUCAUGCCUGCAGAAAGUCCAUGUGUCCUCGAAUCGCGAAAGGCGAUUCGGCUCAUCAAGCUUACACCGCCAGGGGACUACGCUUGUGUAUGGUAA